AAUUGUAUGCCCUCUUAGGUUACAAGCUUUGAAAUGUUAAGGUAGUAAAAUACACAGCCUCCUUUACCCGCAACCCUCAGCUAUAUUCAACACUAGAAAAAGCCGUACAUCUCUGUGAAAAGCUAAAUCGGUUUCGAAGAAAAACUUCUCGGCGAUGGCAAUGGCAGGGCGUAUUAGAUCUACACUUCCUCACCUACGCAAAGCCCUUUCAUCUGAUUCAAGAUCCGCUCUUUAUCCGGCCAUUAUCUCCAAUCCCGAGUUGUCAAGAAAUUAUGCUACUGCCCCAGCUGCCAAAGAGAAAAAAGUAAAGGUUCCAGUGACUAUGUAUGGGGUUUCUGGAAAUUAUGCCUCAGCUUUGUACAUCUCAGCUGUAAAAGCUAAUACAUUGGAGAAGGUCGAGUCCGAGCUUUUGGACCUUAUUGAGGCUUCAAAGAAAAGUCCUAAAUUUUCUCAGUUUAUGAAGGAUCUCUCUGUACCUACAGAGACAAGAGUGAAGGCCAUGACUGACAUCUCUUCAGAGGCUAAAUUUGGAGACCUCACAAAGAACUUCUUGGUUGUUUUGGCUGAAAAUGGGAGGCUGAAACAUAUUGAUGCGAUAGCAAAAAGGUUUGCUGAGUUAACCAUGGCACACAAGGGGGAACUUAAAGCCAUUGUAACAACUGUUAUUCCUAUUCCUCCAGAGGAGGAGAAAGAAUUGAAGGAGACAUUGCAAGAGGUGAUGGGAAAAGGGAAGAAGGUGAACAUUGAACAGAAGAUUGAUCCUAGCAUUCUCGGUGGGCUUGUGAUAGAAUUUGGCCAGAAGGUCUUUGACAUGUCAAUAAGGACUAGGGCACGCCAGAUGGAGAGACUCUUGAGGGAACCUAUCAACUUCUGAUCGCGUGAAAUCCCAUUUUAGUUAUUUUACCCUUUUCUGGUUUUAGCUGACGAUGAAAACAUCCUCCUGAGGUGUUUGUUUCUCAUAACAAUGUUCUUCUGCAUCUUGCACAAAUAAAAAGCAUACUUUACAUUUGAAUCUUCCAAAGGUAAACCUUGGUGAGGAUUCUUCAUUUUUAUUUUGAAGUUGUACUCACUUUUGUUUAUUUUGAAUAACAUCUUCCUUUGUUUAUUUGAUUGAGUGAGAAGUUACUUGUAUUAA